AUGUCGUACCACUGCAGACCACGCGGCUUCUCGUUGCGGCUUCUCGUUGCGCCGCUUGACGCCGAAUCGAUGCAAACAACAGUGGUUCCCGCCGCCGGAUUCCCUGACUGGCUGGCGAGCCAACGUGCGACCAUCAAUUGGCAACGCCACCAGAGCAAGAGCUACAAGAGUAAAGCUCCUGACCGCAGGUCCACCCAUUCAACCGUCGAGUAGGUUUCCGCCGCGUUCGCAAACAGCGCGUUGUGCUCGAUGCCUAUGCUGACUGUUUUGUUGACUGUCCUUCCACCGCUGCUCCUCUCCACACAGAUCCCGACAAUCGUCGCGAACCAUCGCAAAGUCAGCCCAAGACUGGCCUGCGCGUUGGCCUCGAGAUAUUUCCCUUGGCUCAUGGUACCCUUCUAUCUGGCGUUUCAUGGGCUACGUAUCACGCGAUUACCACUAACAAUUACAUCGAGUCUUUGGCAUAA